UGAGGGGGGGUGCGGCCUGUGUUGUGUAGACGGUGUGUGGAUAUCAUGUAAAUGAGUGGGGAUAACAGGCAGAGAGUUCCAGGCUACACAGAAGCUUAGGAGGAGGGAUCACAAAUAUUGGCGCACAGCAAACAUGAAGGCCAGCUCCAGUGUCCCCAAAUUCCUCACUAAGAUAUGGGCUCUAGUGGAAGAUCCCCGAAACAACGAGUACAUCUGCUGGAGCCAAGAUGGAAACAGUUUUAUUGUGUUGGACGAAGAAAGUUUUGCAAAAGAAAUAUUGCCCAGACAUUUCAAACAUAACAACAUGGCAAGUUUUGUACGACAACUCAACUGGUAUGGCUUUCAUAAAGUUAUGCAGGAUGAGUCUGGCGCAGCUAGGCAUGAUAAAUACUGCUCAGGCAGAUACCAACAUCCUUUUUUCAAGCGUGGCCAAGAAGAGUUACUGGCAAAGAUAAAACGGAAGGUAUCUGUUCCCCGCAUUGAAGAAGGUAAAUCGGGACCAGAUGACAUGCAGAAAAUACUGACUUUUCUGCAUCAGCUGCAAGCAAGACAAGAUGUACUUGAUUCAACUGUGGAAUCCUUAAAGAGGGAAAAUGAGGCCUUGUGGAAAGAGGUUGUACAGUUACGGCCAGCUCAACCACCGUUUGAAACUGUUGGAACAUCCCAUUCUUAUGAACAAAUAGAACCUUUUCAAUCAAACCAGACACUUAUGAUUGACAGUACAGGCAACUACAAUCCGCUAUCUGCUUCUAAAACUUCACAAACCUGUGAUCAGUCUUUUGAGAGCAGAUCACUCUGGUUCACUGAACAGAAGCCUAGCAGAGGUACUAAAAGGGUCAUCAAAGAGGAUCUGAAUAGCUCUACAGAGGAGACCAACAACCAUGUGAAAACUUCUUUAAACCAGGGGUAUGAAAAUUACAAUACAGAUGAUUCUGAUGAUCCCUCAGAUUUAUCCUCCUUUGAAAGCGAGAUGGUGAUUGAUGAUACUGCCUCGAACCACAACCAGUCAUUUACAAAUUCAGAUGAAAUCUCAGUGGCACAUCACAGAAAAAAGACACCACACAAGAGGCUGAAAAGCAGUACAGAAAGAAACGAUUCUACAAUAAAGUGCAGAAUUGUAUACAGUGGUUCAGAGAAUGAAGAUGAACAAAAGAGCUGUCAUAUGGACUCAGCCUAA